AAUCAGUCACUAAGUUUCUCCACAAUGAACCAUUUCACAUCAAACCACCCUGCAGUUUUAUAUCUAUGAUGAAUAUUCAAAUGAAUUAAAAAAUCAGUCAUUUUCUAAAAGUUAUGAGAUCCCAAAAGCACAGCGUGCUGAAAACGACCCAGUGACACAUUUCAUCGAUAGUUUAGUAGUGACUUCUCUCCCCGACUCCUUCGCGCCCUCUAGCGCUUUGUUUGGGUAUUGAGGGAUGAAUAGGAAGCGGGCCUGUUCCCUUUAAACCGGCUCUGGAAAGACUUUUUUAAGGGACGUCAGCAGAAACGCCCACCCACUUCCUUGUUGACCGUGUUGACCAUGUGGCUACUCCUGUGAUCGUACUUGCGGAGUCGUCGCGGCCUCGUUGUUUAUAAGUUGGCCUACGGAUUCUGUGAGCGCGAAGACUGUGCAGGAUGUCUGAUUCUGUGUCCAAGUUUCAGGCCGAGGUGGCGGCUGUUAUGCAGCUGUUGCUGAAGGUGGCCGUCAUGGAAAUAACCAAGGUUUUCGAAAGACGCUCGUUUGUUUCCUGCACCGCCAAUGGAGGAACUAAGCUCUGUGAGGACCUGGAGUCUUUACCUGACCUCGGGGCUUGUCUGGAAGGCGCACUGAGACAUAGCGAGAAAGCUGUCUGCAGUGUCGGUGUGCAAGUGGGAGAAGAGUCGCCCUCCGUGGAGCUGGACCCUCGUGAUAAAGGCUCACACAGGGAGGGAAACAAGCUCUGUCUGCAAGACUCCCAGAUGGGGGAUGGGCUGCUCCCCACAGAAAAUCCCUACUUGGGCCUGGUUGAGACUGUUGAUUUGCAGUGCACUGUUGACCUUCCAUGCAACAUCUUUAAAGAAAAGCAGGCCGUUAAGGAGGAAAGACAGAACAUCUUGGUGCUUCAAACUGCAGGGGUUGGCCACCCACAAGCAGAACUGGCCACUCAGGAGAACGGCCUUCAGGCACCAAGUCCUCUUCACGAGUCUUUUCCAAGCCUGUUCAGUUCAGUAACCGUAGACAUUUCAAGCACAGAUCUUUCCCUGAACACUUUGGGCCAGUCAGGCCUCAGCUUGAAGGAAGGCGAUUCCGUCCAGUCUGUGAAAGAGCUAGCCAAGGUGGAGCUUCUUGAGGCAGCUGUGAGCUCAGACGAAAACAGUGCAGCUUUACAAAACGAGUCACUCGCAGAUGUAAAAACCUGCGCCUCAGAUUCCUCGCCUGACAUCAACAUUGUGAGGUUUCAGCUCAACCAGACACCUUUUGACUGCAAGCUGUUGAAGCCGUGCUCCGUGAAGCUCGUGAACCUGCUUGUGAUUUCGGACGGCAAAAGGAGAAAGACCGAAGUCCCCGGUGGAAAAGAGUUCUGCACGCCCAAAGACCUUCGACACCACCAGCAUGCCCACACCGGACACCGUCUGUGCUGCUUCACUAAGUGUGCUGAUGGCGUGUGGCGUCUUCAGGGAGCCGUUUCUCACAAGCGCUCGCAUGGCUGCAAGAUUUGCGGGAAAAAAUUCAAACGCAGGAAAAUCCUCAGGAGGCACGAACGUUUCCAUACGGGAGAAAAGCCAUACUCGUGCUCCGCAUGCAGCAAGACGUUUGCUCUGCGCAAAAGCCUAAGGAGGCACGAGAGGUUCCACACAGGAGAGCGGCCUCAUAGCUGCCCUCAGUGCGGCAAAGGUUUCCGUCUCAAGGAUAGCCUGAAGGCGCAUAUGCGAUUCCACACAGGGGGAAAAGCCGUUCGCCUGCAGCCUGUGCUCCAAACGGUUUAGGAUUCAUAAGAAUCUGCACAAACAUUCUUUACUUCACUCUGUCUGAUAAACAAAUAGCCAGUAAACUGGUAAGGAGUGUGUUAAAUCACUGGUUCUCAGCUUGUCUACAGAUGGAUGGAGCGGUCAGUAACUUGAGACGUCACAUUCCAUAACAUACCAUUUAACCGAGUGUAAAGAUGGAUUGUACGCUUCGUUCUGAAGUGUUGCAGGAUGUCAUUCGCCAUGUUUGGCUGGUUAAAAAGUGCCAGCCUGCAGUCCAUGUAUGGUGUGGUUUAAAAUCAAAAGAACUACAAAGUAUUUCAAGGUCUCUUUUGCAGAGUACAUCCUUCCUUGAAUGUUCGAAAGAAAUGGUUUGUGCAAAACUCGGCACAUAACAGAAUGAUAAGCUCAUUCCAACGUUGGGAAAUUCCACUGAUGUAUGGAAGCUUUUUUUCUUCAAACUGCAGUAAACACACAGGGUCUACAUGCCCAUUAAAGACUUUUCAGUUCUGUAGCUGAAGGAAUGGUUUGGCACAAAAAUUAUAAUUAACCAGUUUUGAUGUCAAUCAACCAAGACAUGUUGGGCGUCCAGAUCUUCUUUUGUUCAUAACUGGAGCUACAAGGCUCACAGUCACUAGAAGUCAAUAGUCACCCAAAUGUUUUCUGCAAAAACAUCACGAAAACUUCUCUCAACCCAUCCAAACCACAUCCAGGUCUUCGAUAAAGUUGUGUUGCUCACGACGUUCAGCUUCUCCUUGACUUUUCGUUCUGUUCUUAACUCUGUGACAGUGACAGACCUUAAUGUGGUUUAAGCAGGAUGAGAAGUUUAAAGGGUGCGUUUACCGAAGAUUUGGGUGCCUGUUGACAUUGAGUGUUUUGUUAGCGACGUUAGCUUUGAAGCCGUUAUGCUGUGUAUGUUGUCCUUUGUUGGACACUUAUAUUUUUUUAUUUAUAUUUUUUUGGUAAUUAGAAUGACUUGAAUACUUUGUACAA